GUGGUAGCAUAGCAGUUUGAGUCGAGAGCUCUAAUCGAAACAGUCAUUCAACGAAUCUCUCUGGCAGAGGAUAACUUUCUACUCCUUGCUAUCGUUUCCUCCAAGAAAAUACAUAUUUUUAUGCUAUAGCUAUACAUAUGCUUAGGCCUAUCUUUAGCCUACAGAAAAUAACAUCAGACGGACAGCUUUCUGGAGCGCUCUACGGGGAAAAAAGAUACGGAAUUACGAACGUUCGAUUCAUUCCGAAGCGAAAAAAUUGGCUACAAUCUUUGGUUUGAUUCGGGGCGUUUUUAUAAACAAAACGAAUACAUUUGAAUUUAUGUGAUUAGUUUUGACAUGGUUGUAGUCAAAUAUCACGGUGCGAAAUAAGUCUGAUUGGCAACAGUAGCUGUUGCGCUAUAGAUGUAAUCUGCGGAACUAGUAGGCCUAAAUGCGUUUGCCGACUAUUUUUUGAAUGCUCCAAUUCAUUGAUCUGUAGUAUCAACCAGCGACCGAAAAAAUUGCUGAAAACAAGCUAACACGUCAUCAGACUUCAGGACAUGGAAUCUACAAAAGCAGGAGGUGUAAUAGCCUACAUCAGCUCCUCUAGCCCUGAGUCAUGUCAUAGUGACUCAAAUGACUGCAGCUACAACUCCUCCCACAGCUGUCGCCAGGGCAACGUAGUGAACAAGCCCCUAAACAUGGCAGGCCUCACCCUCCCGCUGGCCCACACUAUCGCAAAGACAGGACGCUUGACCUCCACUGCAAAAUGCGACAUUACUAAAAUCAACGGCCUGGUGCUGCUGUGUAAGGUGUGCGGAGACAUUGCAUCUGGAUUCCACUAUGGGGUUCAUGCCUGUGAGGGCUGCAAGGGUUUCUUCCGUCGGAGCAUCCAGCAGAACAUCCAGUAUAAGAAGUGCCUGAAGAACGAGAGCUGUGCCAUCAUGAGGAUCAACAGGAACCGCUGCCAGCAGUGUCGCUUCAAGAAGUGUCUGCUGGUCGGCAUGUCCAAGGACUCUGUGCGUUUCGGCCGCAUCCCAAAACGUGAGAAGCAGCGCAUGCUGCUAGAGAUGCAGAGUGCCGUGAACAACAUGAUGAACAACAGCCAGCUACACAGCCAGUUCCACUGCAACACACCAUUCCCCCUGGCCAAUCAGCUUCAGUCGCCAGCCUGCCCCGUGGAGCCCCGUCCCCAAUAUGUUGAUUCUGGCCUAGGCUCCGUCCCCUCCUCCUCCACCUCUCCCGCCACUUCCCCCGGGUCUAACCAAUCUGAGGAGACAAGCUCUGACCGCGACCCUGCGGUCGCCAAGAAUAAAAGCCCCAGCCCUAACUCCGUGUCUCUGUCGAGUGCUUCAGACUGUGGGUCAGAGGAGGUGAUUGGCUCGGUGACCCGGGUCCACCAGGAGACCUUCAUGUACAACCAGGAGCAAGGUAGACCCUCCCCCCAGUCCCAGGCCUACGCCCAGCUGACCUCCCCGGGGGCGGAGCAACAUGUCAGUGACACUGGAAAGAGGAUAGACGAGAGGAACCGGAACCAGCAGGAGGCCGGGAACCAGCAGAUUAAGAACCAGAACCACCAAAAUGACCUGGCCUCAUUCACAGCCACUCAGGCCCAUUACCAGGCUCAGGAGAGGCCCACCAACACUGGGCCUCAGGGCCCUGACAGCCACCAUCGCCAGGAGGACCACUGCCCCUACAGCAGAAGCAGACUGCCCACCAGCUCCCCUAGUGGCCACUGCCCAUCCUACGCCCACCAUGGCCUGAGAGGAGGCAACAACAGCACUAGCCAGGCCACCUCCAAUUCCCAUGGAGGAUUCAGUGAACUACUGUGGAACAUGGGCAACAGGAUGCAUCUGCUGUGUCCCAUGAACACGUCUCCCCAUGUGAACCCCCAUAAGUCAGGCCAUGGGAUCUGGGAGGAGUUCAGCCACAGUUUCACCCCAGCUGUCAGGGAGGUGGUGGAAUUUGCCAAGCGGAUCCCAGGUUUCAGAGACCUCUCCCAACAUGACCAGGUCAGCCUGCUCAAGGCUGGUACCUUUGAGGUGCUAGUGGUGCGCUUUGCGUCCCUGUUUGACGUGAAAGACCGCACAGUGACGUUUCUGGGUGGUAACAAGUACAGCGUGGAGACGUUACAAGCCAUGGGCGCCGGCGACUUCCUGACCUCCAUGAUGGACUUCAGCGACAAGCUGAUGGGGCUCGGCCUCAGCGAGGAGGAAAUGAGCCUGUUCACCGCUGUCGUCCUCAUCUCUGCCGAUCGCUCAGGGAUUGAGAACGUAAACUCUGUGGAGGCUCUUCAGGAGACUCUGAUCCGGCACCUGAGGGGCCUCAUCACUAAGAACCACCCUAACGAGUCGGGCAUAUUCACCAAGCUGCUCCUCAGACUGCCCGACCUCCGCUCCCUCAAUAACAUGCACUCUGAGCAGCUGCUGGCCUUCAAGGUCCAUCCCUAGACCAGAACUAAGGUCAGAACCUGGGGUGUAUUCAUUAGGCACCAAAUGGAAGAACAUUUACUGAAAUGAGGAGGUAAUACCUGAACUUGUCCAAUAAGAAAUGCUUGUCGUUGUCGUCGUCCCACCCCCCAUUGCAAAACCUUUUGCUAAGGUGUACCAUAAUGAAUAUGACCAUGGACACUGGGCCUGAGGCUUGUGGCUGUGGACCACAAAGCCCAUUUAUCCACCCACUCUGACACACCUCGACCAGCUACCCCAAUGAACUAUGAACCCUGACCUCCCAAGAGAACCCUCUUAUUCUGCCACUCACUUCACGUGAUCUUUUUCCUUCACAAACAAGUUGAACUAGUGGGCAAAUGUGUCACGAUUACAGGGGAGGGGAAAGGCUUAAGACUUAAAGUUAUCGUACUGUGAAGCUAAAAGGUCUUUAUUGUUGAAGUAAUAACCAUGAACGCAAACGUUCAGACGCAAGCAGAAGAUGGAUGUGUAAUAUUUCUUUGUCUUGUUUCUGUGUGUGCAGGACACGUUUGCGACUGUACAACCCUUCUUAGAGAAUAACCUUUUAACAUUGUGUAGAUGUGCGAUAUGAUACGUGACUGACUAUUUAGACUUUUUGUUUAGCUUUUCUACAGCAGGCUCCCCAAUCCUGUUCCCGAUUAGCUAACAUCCUGUAGGUUUUAACUCCACCGCUGUUCCCGGAGAGAUACCCUCCUGUAGGUUUUUAUUUUUUUAUUAAUUGAACCUUUAUUUAACUAGUCAAGUCAGUUAAGAACAAAUUCUUAUUUACAAUGGCGGCCUACACCGGCCAAACCCGGACGACGCUGGGCCAAUUGUGCGCCGCCCUAUGGGACUCCCAAUCUCGUCCGGUUGUGAUACAGCCUGGAUUCGAUCUACAGGUGUCUGUAGUGACACCUCUAGCACUGAGAUGCAGUGCCUUAGACCGCUGCGCCACUCCAACACUGUUCCUGGAGAGAUACCCUCCUGUAGGUUUUAACUCCAACCCUGUUCCCGGAGAGAUACCCUCCUGUAGGUUUUAACUCCAACCCUGUUCCCGGAGAGAUACCCUCCUGUAGGUUUUAUCUCCAACCAUGUUCCCGGAGAGAUACCCUCCUGUAGGUUUUUGCUCCAACCCUGUUCCCGGAGAGAUACCCUCCUGUAGGUUUUUGCUCCAACCCUGUUCCCGGAGAGAUGCCCUCCUGUAGGUUUUUGCUCCAACCCUGUACCCGGAGAGAUACCCUCCUGUAGGUUUUUGCUCCAACCCUUGUCUAGCACACUUGAUUCUACCAAUUAGCUGGUUGAUAAACUGAAUCAGGUUAGGUCCAACUGGGGUUGGAACCUACAGGAAGCUAGUUCUCCAGGAACAGGAUUAGAGCCCCGCUCUACACCUUGGGUGUAUGUUUGGUUUAUUUAAGCAGACUAAUCCAAAAGGAUGUUGUGCUUACUGCCUAAAGAGAGGGUGAUUCUAAAGGGGGUUAGGGCUAGUUAAACUCAACCCCUCUAGUUCAAAGUAAACUGACAAUGACAAUGAAUGACCACAGAGAAGUGUUAAGUCUCCUUUCUAAACUGUGUUGAGACAAGGGGAAUGUGGUAAAAGCAUAGAUGGACCUAUGUAAUCAGGGUAAACGCUGCUACUUCACGUCUGUCUCGGUGUGGCCUUAGCUAGUCACCUGAGGAAGAGCUUUGAUUGAAUGUCUUUAUUUGUUGUUGAGAGGAAUCUCUUAUUUCAAGCUUACAGUUUGAGUUGUUGGUGCAGCAGUUGUAUGUGUGUAUAUCACAGACAGCUGGUGGCACCUUAAUUGGGGAGGAUGGGCUUGUGGUAAAGGUUGGAAUGGCCAUGUGUUUGAUGCCAUUCCUUUCGCUCCUGUUCCGGACAUUAUUAUGAUCCGCCCUCCUCUCAGCAACAUCCUUUGGUGUAUAUGUUUUGCACGCUAUCAUCCUCCAGAGGGGUUUAUGUUGUAAAUCAUGACAUGUUCUUGUAGGUAAUGAUGUUGGGUUAUGAACUAACUGAAGUCCAUCAUUGACAGACAUGGUCCCAUCACUUAAUCAUUAAAGUGUAUUGUGAUUGACCUCCCAUUUGAAGAAUAGGGGAGCAGACAGGAAGUCAAAUACAUUGAGGUUAUUCGAACUGCCAAAGGUUAACGUUGCUAACCUAUCAACACAUCUCCACUUGGAGACAUUUUAGUUGUUUAUUUCCAUGUCAAAAGGAGACAUUUUUUAUUUUAAACUUGUUAUACCCAUUUCCUAUUUUUCGUUUUGGUGCAAAUUGUUAAAUCAAAACAUGACUUUACAGGUGAAAACUGUACUUUGAUUGCUAAUUAUGCAUUUAAUUUUACUGUAAAAAUGUUUUGUGCGCACAUACUUGAUAUCGUGUCUUAGAAGCCCAUUCAGGCUGGUCACCAAUUGGUGUACGACAUUGAUUUGUUUUUAUUUCUAUCAUUACACAUAAACACAUGUAGGCAGACUUGUUGCUGUAGGGUCGGUGGUUGUGAGAAGGGAGAGAAACAUUGUAGGAAUGUUUUUGUCAUUCAGUUGGACUCUAAUACCACCGUCUCAAAUGUUUCAACAGAGGACCACUAAACUUGAAUAUUGAUGCUUUUGUCCUCUACCAUACUUUUCAAAUCUGUACACACAGACUACAGAUAUAGUCAUGAAGUAAUGUAAAUAGGUGGAUUCUAUUCAAAUACAGUAUGAUUGUAAAUAACAGCAAGAGUCUGCAUGGCCUGUAAUCAAUUGACUUGCAGGAAUUCCCGUUAUUAGGUUGAUUGAUUUCAGACCGCUAGUUUCUGUUCUACCAACUCGCCUGCUCUUCAUCUUCUGUUCUGUCAAUCAUAUGUGCAUCGUUUCAUCGCUGCCCUGCCCUGUGGUCUGUCGGUCUGUUUUCUCCUCUCUGAAAGGAUUGCCGUAUAUAUAUAUAUAUACAUACAUACAUAUUGACCUAUAUGAA